AUGACUACGUCUCCCUCGACACCACGAGCCGACUCGCGGCGUCAACCAGUGCUCUUGUCACCAUCUGGGCCGCCAUUGAGCUGCGCAAUCCCAGGACUGCCAGGCAAAGCAGCAGCGCUAACAACUCACCUAAAUGUCCCAGUUGACCAUGGGCUCACAACAACGUUGCUGGUGCCGAAGCAGAGCGAGGAGGUAGCCAUCCCGCAGCCGAACAAGGCUACGAGCGCAGGCGCAGCGUUCACUCGCUCGCUGCUGUUAUUCAUCGGCUUCUUGUUUCGCCGCCCGUCCAAGCUCUUCCGGCCGAAUCGAUUAGACACAUGGGCAGGCCUGCGCAGGCUCGCCGAGAGCGCCGAUCAGAACCUCUCGCCGACGUUCGUCCGUAGUAUCCUCAAACUCAAGGGCGGGCCGAUGGUCCUGGCCGCAUCUCUCCUCCCGCCGCUCCUCGUCAACACGACGCUCGGCUUCCUCCUCUUCUCUUCGCACUCGUUCUUCUCCCUGGCGCUCGCUCGGGUGCCGUACUUUCAACGUGGCAUCGAAUGCGACCCCGAAGACGAGAACGACCUGAUCAACUUUACCCGCCUUCGUGACCCACUAGGCGACAUUGACGGCGAUUAUGGUGACAAGGUCGAAGGCACACCAGACGAGGAAGAGAUCACAUUGGAGAACGUCCUCCGAGGACCAAAGAUCAUCCCAAAGCACCCAACCCUGCUCUCGGCCAUCGCAGGCGCUGGCGCCGGGGUGAUCCAGGGUGCUGCUUUUACGCCCAUCGAGAAUGUUGUCCGCCUGAUUCAGCAGUCCGCCUCGUCAUUGUCAGCAAAUGCGGCCCGGUUCCUGCACCUGCCUACUCCGCAAUCUGCACAACUUCUGGGCCCACCGCCUUCCUCCCCAGUCGAGGCCCUCCGCACCUUCCUCGCACACGACACGUGGCACAAGUCGCGGCAAUGGUGGACUGGCUGGCGUUGGGCUGUGGCGCGCGACGCAAUGAGCUACAGCGUCUUCUUCGCGACGUUCGAUGUCACGCGCCGUGUCGGGGUUCGCGUCAAGGCGGUGAUGAGCCGGCGCGCUGGCGGGCCUGUCGAUGGCAGCGCUGCCAAUGCGGAAGACGAGGCGGCCGAGUUGCGCGCCGCAGCCCGCGCCCCACCUUCGCAGACCCCGACAUCUGCACGCCUCGCGCAGGCGCUCACGAUUGUGACAGGCGGCGUUGUCGCAGCGCACUUGGCUGAGAUCUCGGGACGCCCGUUCCGCGCGUGCCAGCGAUACGCGAGCACUGCCACGGCCGAGUCCCUCCGCUUCCACGAGGCCGGCAAGGCUGUCCCGUACCGCUGUAAGCACCCGCUCAAGUAUGUGUGGCGUCAUCAUGGACUGCGGGGCUUCUUCCACCGCGACGACGCUCCGCUUGCUGCCAAGCACAAGGCUGAGGCGAAGGCCAAGGGACCUCUGCAGGUUGCCGCACGUCUUGCAGGGCGCGUCGUGUGGCGCGUCGCGUCCGUCGGUCCAUGGGGCAUCGGCUUCCUCGUGUUCGCAUGGAUUGGCGGCGAGGUGUAG